AUGGAACUGAACCCUGGAAGCAUCGUUGGCUACAAACCCAAAACUGUUGAUAUCAUGGUUCCCGACGAAAGAGCUGAGGAUCAUUACAUGACCACAUCCACCUGGGUUGCGUUCAAGGAUAAUGUGGAAGCGAUUGGGAUUCGUGGAAUAUUUGGUUGCACCGCCGUUGUCUUUGUUUCGCGGCGCGGCGCAUGGGUCGGCCACUUCUGGGAAUCAAACUUCCAGUCAGACACCGUCCCUGAAGAGGAGUUUGCAUUCCGAGUUCUUCAUGAGCCCAAGCUUGGCUACCGAGAGGGCCACUGGAAGCACCAAUACCACGAAUAUGGAUGGGCAGAACUUGGCUUUUAUCCACAACUCGGUGAUCCUGGCGUCAUGUUCGGCAAUGCGGGCGACAAGUAUUACGAGGCGGAUCUGCGCGUCUUUAUCGUUACUCCUCGCCCAAGGGGUAAAUAUAAAGAUGAGAACAACAUCCCAUUGCCAGACGACGUUGUUCACGACAUCAACCGAAACGCUGGUCAGCUACAGUUUCCUGGCAAGAUUCAACGGCUGUCACAAGAAAUCAAAAACGUCUACGGAGAAGACACCAAGAUUGAGGUCAUAGACUAUGCAGCGAAACUGCUCAAAAAAGAAGAUUUGGACCUGGCCAUGGAGAAUAAACUGACCGGGGCACAGAUUUUUCACUUACAGGCCGAUAGUGAUUUCAGAGAGGCUCGUGGCAAGCUUCUUCUCCAGUAUCAGCCAGCAAAGACAUGCGCUGAUCUCGCUUCAUGGAGACUAUGGGUAGAAAAUCAGGCAAUCGGGGUCUCUUGCGGUCACAUCGCCGCUAACACAGAACGUCUCAACACCUGCCCCUCCUAA